AUGCGCUGGCGGCCGUCGACGCCCGCCCUGAUCGCCCUCUCGACGCUCAGCUUGCUGGCCGUCGCGCUGCUGCCGGGCGGCGCGCGCGCGCCGUUUAUGGCUGACGCGCACCAUGCUGCGGCGCAGCACGGUGCCUCGUCACUGCCUCACGGCGCCAUGUCCAUGCCGAUGAGCUUCGAGCUCUCCUUCGACACCAUAUUGUGGUUCAAGCCGUGGCACCCCCGCACGGCCGCCGCGUGGCUGCUGUCAGCCCUCGUCCUCGCCGCACUGGGGGUCGCCCACGAGGCGCUGGCCAGCUUUCGGGUCGCGCUGUCGCGGCGCGCGCAGAAGCAGCAGGGCGGCCUGUACUCCGCGCUCAUCCCGGGCGGCGGCGGCGGCGGCGGCGUCAACGAUCUUGCGCCGCUGGGGACGCGCGCGCUGCACAGCUCCCUGUACGCGCUCAACCUCGCGACUGGGUACCUCCUGAUGCUGGCGGUGAUGACCUUCAAUGUGGGCUACUUUUUCACGGUGGUGCUCUCCAUGGGCGCAGGGCACCUGCUGUUCUUCAACAGGACCUGGCACCUGGCGCUGCCGCGCGCCGAGGCCUGCUGCGAGACCAGCUCGGCGCACGAGUAG